GUGGUGGUAGCAUGGCUGAUGGGAGGCAGGUGAAGUCUGCUGUUCGUGUUGUGGUGCUGUGUUUGUUGUGGUAUCUUGUGAGUUCGAGUAAUAAUGUGAUCGGUAAGAUGUUGUUGAAUGAUUUUCCAUAUCCAAUGACUGUAACGAUGGUGCAGUUAUUAUCUAUUACGUUAUAUUCCGGACCUUUCUUCAAUAUGUCGGGCGUCAGGAAAUUUGUUGACAUCAGCAGAAGUUACUACCUAAAAAUCAUAAUUCCCCUCGCAUUAGGAAAGUUUUUCGCCUCUGUAUCUUCACACAUCAGUAUAUGGAAAGUACCAGUUUCCUACGCACACACAGUGAAAGCUACGAUGCCGCUCUUCACAGUCAUUUUUUCGAGACUAAUAAUUGGGGAGAAACAAACACUGAAAGUGUACAUUUCACUUGUGCCAAUUAUUUUGGGUGUUGCCAUUGCGACAGUAACGGAAAUGUCAUUUGAUCUUAUUGGCCUGAUCAGCGCCUUAGUGGCGACAAUGGGAUUUUCACUCCAGAAUAUAUUUUCAAAAAAGGUGUUACAUGAUACUGGUGUCCAUCACUUACGGUUGUUGCAUAUACUUGGUCGCCUUGCUCUUUUUAUGUUUCUUCCCGUAUGGGUCUUCACAGACCUGCAGGUGCUGCUACAGGAUCAAGUUAUUAUCAAUGGAGAUAACACAACUGUCCUCUCUCUGUUGUUCAUCGAUGGAGUUCUAAACUGGUUACAGAACAUCAUAGCUUUCAGUGUUUUAUCACUUGUUACUCCUCUGACAUACGCUGUAGCGAGUGCCUCCAAGCGCAUUUUUGUCAUUGCAUCAUCUCUGUUUGUGUUGGGCAACCCAGUGACACUGACAAAUGUUUUUGGCAUGAUGAUGGCUAUAUUUGGUGUUUUGUUUUACAAUAAGGCAAAAUAUGAUGCAAAGAGAACUCACCAGAAACAGACACUGCUGCCAUUCUCACAGCAAUCGUGGCACAAUCAGACUGGCUAUGCAGUGCUCCCAGUGCCUGAGUAUCAGGCAUACAAUGUUCCUUUCAAGUCAAAUGGUGUUGCUAAUGGGCAUUAUCAUUAUAACUUUGGUGGCACAAAGAAAAUGGAGUAUAUCUGAGCAUUUAUGACGUUGAUGAAACAGUUGGUGUGUACAAAUGAAGUGGCGAUUAGAUACUGAAAUUUUAUUGUGUGAAAUACAAUUGUAUGCCACAUGCCAGAACAUAAACUAAAAGAUAAUUAUUUAUAUUUAAAAUACUAUAUUUUUGUACAUGUUAUUAGGUUUGAAGGAGGAGCAGUGCACUUUCUUUGUGAAUCUGUAAAAGUUAAAUGAGGAUGCUACUGUAUAGUAGCAUAUAUUGGUUAAAUUAUUUUUGAUCUGUUUUGAAGACUUAAUCUAUUUAUUAUUUAUUUAUUUAUUGAUUUAUUUAUUCCCAUGAGUAUUUUAUGAUCUGCCAAUGUACGCAGGUUAAAAUCUGCAUUUUCAAAGGUUUUACUGCUUAUGAGAUCUGUGACUUUUACAGUAUGUGUGGUGCAGUAUUUUAUAAUAAUUUAAUUUUGUUCAUUUAUUAUUACAUUUUAUUGGAAAUUAAUAGCCACUUGUGGAGCCUUCCAUUAUUUAUAAUAUUUCUAGUUGUUCUUUUUUAUAGCAACCACUGCCCCAUCUUACUGAAAUAUAAAAGCUAUCUUUGUGUGUUCCUUUCCCUCACCUCAUCUCCACCCCUCCACCCCUCCACCUUCCUCUCUCUUGCUAAAUAACACUUCACUGCAGAAGAGUAAAACAAAAUAUUUUGGGAUUAGCUUUUCAAGAAUUUUACACUGGAAUAGUCAUUUAAAAAUUACAUUAACUUCAUUGACAAUAUUUUGUGGAUAUUCAGAAAUAGUUUGACUGAGCUGUUACCCCAUUCUGAGUGGUGAUACCAUGUAAUUAUAAGUAGUGAAUAAGAGGCGGAUGUAUGCAAAUGAUAUUUAAAUUCCAAAUGUGAAAGUAAUUUGUUUAUUAAAGACAUUAAAUGAAUUUAUUUGGUGUUUUUCCGUAGAUGUUUGGUGUUGUGGAUUGUAUAAGUUUACUAUGGUUUCUUAAUGGUGACAUUUUGUGUUACAUUUGCGACAAAGAUCUGGUGCUCUAAAACAUGAUGAUGUGAAGUUUGCAAUCAAAUCUGCUAGUGUACCUGAAACUACUAUAUAAGUAAACUCUUUAUUUGUAUAAUGUAAAAUCCAGGAUGGAAUAGUGACAGUAUUAUGGAAAGGAUAGAGUGCUACUCACCAUAUAGCGGAAAUGUUGAGUCGCAGACAUGAGCAACAAAAAGACUGUGGCCCUGACAGCCAGAGACAGUGGCCAUGAGUGAGAGCUGUGUGUGUGUCUAUAUAAUGUGUGUGAUAUAUUUCAGAAGAAUGUCUUGUGGCUGAAGGCUAUGUAUUUAGUAGUCUUUUUGUUGUGCCUGUUUACAGCUCAGCAUCUGCUCUAUAUGGUGAGUAUCAAUCUAUCCUUUUCAUAAUAUUGUCUUUAUGUGUAUAAUUAAUAUUUGUGACAGCUGCUAAAACCUUCACCAUAAGUAAGAAGAAAAAAUGUUUCAUCAUUGGGCAGCCCUAGGAUGUUAUGUACAUAUGUCAAGUUAUUCAUUUAUUUUAAAUUAAUUUUAUAUUUAUAAUUUGUAUGGUGCACCUUUAUUAUUGGUUUGCAGAAACUGGAAUUAACGCUCUGGGAGCAGCUAGAGGAAAGGGGAAGGCUUGCCUUGAGUUGUGCGUUUUUUCCAUACGGACUGCAGUUAUCAUCAUAGUACACCAGUAUGAUUAUUACAUAACAGUUACUGCAGUGUUUAAGACUGUGUGUUGAGUUCAUUUGAAUUACUUGUGAAUAAUACAUUUGUUGUGGUGAUAUGCAAGCACACAGUAUAUAUUAUGAUAUUUCAGCUGGAGUCAAUAUUUUGAAACAGUGUGUACCUGCUUUAACACCCCUCCUCCCCUCUUCUUCAAACUGCCAUGUGCUAUCGUUGUCAACAAAUAUGAGUGGGCUUACUUCCCAUUUGUGGAGACUCAACAUGUGAGUUAAAAACUUGUAAUACAUUGUGCAAAAUAUAGGUUAAUACUUUUGUGGUAGAUAUUUCUGUUGCUCAUUAUGUUUGUUAAAAUGGUAAUUUUUUUCACUGCAAAAAAUCAACAACUUUUAUUGCCCCCAUUAUUUUAACUCAAUAUUUUUAUUGCAGUAUAUUUCUAAUGGAGUAAGUAAUAAGGUGCAAUAUGGUAUUAGAUGUUCAGCUGGGUGAAAAAUUCCAUCUUUCUGCACAGCUUUUUAAUACAUCACCUAACUGUUAUGCAUGCUACAUGCCUGAACGCAAACCAAAGUGAUACAUUGUUGAUGUUGCACUGCUAUUCAUAGUAGACUUUGACACUGUGCUCUCAGCGCCAUUUGAUGCAUGUUUGUUUUCUGGUGCUUGCUCCCACCAUUCCAUGUAACUGAAAUCCCCUUAAUGUAUUUUGGCUGUGACAGACGAUAUGAUGAUGUGUGGCAGGAUUAAAACGGAAGUGCAAGCAUUACAAAUUCAAUAACAACAAUUCUAUGGCAAAGAAUUCUCGGAGUCGGUGAAGCUGUGCACUAUUAUUUGCAUUAGGAUUUAAAAGUUUUUGUGUAUGUUUUUUAAAAUAUGUAGAGAAGCUUAGUUGUUUAUGACUAGAACAUUUAUAAAUCUACCCUCCAUUUUUGUGAUUACUUGCAGCCUGUUUUUAAACAUAGUGGACAUUUUCUUGGUUUUCUAUGUGCCUCAAUUUGUGUGUUUGACAUUACACUUUGCUUAAGAAUUACCAGUCGUCAACUUCGUAAGAGCAGUUCAAGACUUUGCAGUAUUUCUGAGCCAUGUAUCUGCACUGUAUCUCACUAGGGUGACCAACAUUUGAUUGUGAUUUUAAGUGAGAUGACCAACAUCUGACCACGAUUUUAAGGGAGAUUUAGUUGCUAUAAUUUAAUCUGCAUAACAGCAUUACAUUUUAUUGGCAUGGAUGACAGUGGAGAUAUAAAUAUAAGAAAACUGACAUACUUCACUUACUUUUAGUCUGUUAUAUUGUACGGUAUCAUAUUUUGUGUUGUAAAAUGUUGUUGUGUUGUGUGAGUCAGUUGAGAGAUAAUGUAACAAGUGUGUUUAAAUAUGAAGGGCUUUGUAUAAUCUGCUUUCCAAAGCCCGUGUUACUUCCUUGUAUUAUUUGUACCAUAGAUGCUGGUCUGUGGGUUGUAUAAUCUGCUUUCCAAAGCCCGUGUUACUUCCUUGUAUUAUUUGUACCAUAGAUGCUUGUCCGUGGGUUGCCAGUACUGACCGAGAAACAAGUAAACAUAACCCCUCUUGUUAAUCCUAUAGACGUGUAGGCUGUGUCAUUGUGAUUCCACUUCUCAUAUUCCCUUGAGCCAAACUGUCUUCUUUCUGCAGAAGUGGGAACAGAAAAACAGACUGUGUGUUGACAGUAGUAUUGAUUAUUAUACAAAACUUUUCAAGAUCUGUCAGUCAGGUAAUCUGAACUGUCAACAGUACUUUGUGGGAUUAAUAUUUAUAAUAGUGAUCAUUGAUGAAACAUACUGGAGAAACAGGUAAUCAAUAAGGGAGCUGGGAGGACUGAAAUGAAAUCAUAUGUGAGACCCUGGGAAAUACAGCAGAGUUGGUCACCUUACAUCUCACCAUAGUUUCUUUUUUCAUGUGGUAAAUGUGAAAACUACACAGUUUCAUACUAUCAUAUCACCAGUGUGGAGUAUGAUUCCACAGCUACAAUCAAUUUGGAAGCUGUUCUGUGUAAAAUUGGCUGCAGUGCCAGAUUUAUUUGCAGAGUAUUUAUUAUUGGUGAAGUUGCUGGGAAAAAGAUCGGCAAAGACACAAUUCUCCACAAAUCUUGUAAUAGAUACAAAGCCUGAUGCUCUAAUUCAUGACCCUUUAGUUAACUACGCUAUCUCUAAUAAAAAUUAAAUAUUCCUUCAGUAAGAAAUUUUUCCAGUUUGUGAGUGGUUUUGGUGUCUUUAUCUCUUCAGUUUGCUUUGGAGCUCUUAAAGUAACUAUAAAUUGUCGAGUCCAAGAUGUUGUGCACAAGUCCUUUUUAACUGUCUCAUAUACAAAAGUAAUAUUGUACUUACUUGUAUGUUGUUAUUAAAAUAUGAAACCUUAUUAAAAUAUACUUCUUUAAUGACAUUUAUAAUAUAACCACUCAUUGCUUACAUUCAUUUCAUUAUGUAUUUUAUGAUACUGAAAAUGUUUUAUCAUUGUAUGUGGGUUUCAAGUUUCUUUUAAUUCUGUUAAUCUUGUUUUUAUUGUCUUCAUUUCAGCUUUUUCUGGUAUACUUUUAUUUCAGGUGAAGCCCACAUUGUUUUUAAACUAAACUGGUUAUUCCUUGUCCUAUAUGCAGUUGCUAUCAGGAAGAUGCAACUAAACCACUUGGGUGUUUGUGACAUUUUAUAUAAACAUAAGAGAAAUAUGUAUCAUUGUUAAGUUGUUAUUUUUUUCCGUAGGUGCCAGAUGAGUCAUAAUUCAUGUUUUCUUGGCUUUAGCUUGGAUAGUGGGCAGCAUGCGUUCUUUACUAUUUUAAAUUCCAUAUUAAUUUUAGAAAGUAUUCUGAAAUUUGUAAUUAUGCAGUACACUUUUUGGCAGUAUGUACUUAAUAAAAUUGUUUAUGCCUUUUUUUGAAA